AUGGCAGGGAAAGUGUGGAGGUCAACGGUGUUACAGGCACUCAGGGCAUUGAAGAAUGAAAUUCUGCAAUCUAGGAGUUUUAUGAAAACUGUUUGUUUAAUCCCUGGUGAUGGAAUUGGUCCAGAGAUCUCCACGGCGGUCAUGAAGAUAUUUGAAACUGCUAAAGCACCUAUUAAGUGGGAGGAGAUAAACGUUACACCCCUUCAAGGACCUGGUGGGAGAUGGGUGAUUCCUCAGGAGGCCAAAGAAUCGAUGCAUAAGAACAAAAUUGGCCUAAAAGGUCCUUUGAAGACACCAAUAGGAACUGACCAUCCGUGCAUGAACCUGCUUCUGGGGAAAACCUUUGGCCUCUAUGCUAAUGUGCGGCCCUGUGUGUCCAUUGAGGGUUACAAAACUGCCUACACGGAUGUGAACCUGGUCACCAUCAGGGAGAACACAGAGGGAAAAUACAGCGGGAUCGAACAUGUGAUUGUUGAUGGAGUUGUGCAGAGCAUCAAGCUCAUCACUGAACAAGCCAGCCAGCGCAUCGCAGAGUUCGCCUUUGAAUAUGCAAAAAGUAAUCAGAGGUCCAGCGUUACUGCUGUUCACAAAGCAAACAUCAUGCGAAUGUCAGAUGGACUUUUCUUGAGAAAAUGCAGAGAGGCGGCAGAAAAGCACAGAGACAUCAAGUUUACUGAGAUGUUUCUGGAUACGGUGUGUCUGCAUAUGGUCCAAGACCCCACGCAGUUUGAUGUACUGGUGAUGCCAAACUUGUAUGGAGACAUCUUGAGCGACCUCUGUGCUGGGCUAAUUGGAGGUUUGGCAGUGACUCCGAGUGGAAACAUUGGUGCUGAAGGCGUGGCCAUAUUUGAGUCGGUUCAUGGAACGGCCCCGGACAUCGCAGGGAAAGACCUGGCGAACCCUACAGCCCUGCUGCUCAGCGCCGUCAUGAUGCUGCGACACAUGGCUCUGCACGGCCACGCCAACAAGAUCGAAACUGCGUGUUUUGACACCAUUCGAGACAAAAAGGUGCUAACCAAAGACUUGGGAGGAAACUCGAAGUGCUCAGAGUUUACUGAAGCCAUAUGUCAAAAAGUUCAGGACAUGGACUAA